UCUUAUUUCUCAUGUGACGACGGACAAGAAAAGCUUUGAUACCAGAUUGAUAAAGGUUCCAAAAUAUUGGGUCUUUAUUAAGUAUAUAUGAAAAGGGCAAUAAAAUAAUCUGAAAUAUAGAAGAAUAAGACUAUGAUGGCUUAUGUAAAAGUAACUGAACUUUAAUUUGAAGAGGUUAAUAAAAUGAUAUUUAUUAGGAGACGAACCUACAGUGAAAUGAAAGAAGGAUUGUUUAAUAAGAUUGAAUAAAAUUAGGCAAUGAGAUAUGUAGAAGUGAUUUUAUGAUAUAGAAUCAAAUGAUGAUACAUCCGCAG